GUACCCGCCCACACCGGAAACUGGUGUCACAGCAGAAAGAGCCCGAGUCCAGCGGUGUUUUUGAAGCGUAUUGUUGCAACUUUUUCGAUGUUUCUCGCUGUUAAUUUAAAUUAAUCGAUCAAAGAUGUUUGCUGGACUGCCUGAAUUGGGUAUAUCCAAUGGCGAGGACCUCAAAGAAACGCUCACAAACUGCACAGAGCCUUUGAAAGCUAUUGAUCAAUUCCAGACUGAGAAUGGCAUUCUGCUGCCGACCCUGCAGUCCGCCCUGCCGUUCUUGGACCUUCACGGCACGCCGCGGCUUGACUUCCACCAGUCGGUGUUCGACGAACUCCGAGACAACCUAACGGAGAGGGUGGCCGUCAUAGCAGAGGGAAAGGAGGAGGACCGAUUUGGGAAGCUGGAGGAGUUGUUGGAGAAGAGCUUUCCAUUGGUCAAGAUGCCCUCAAUUCAGCCAGUGGUCAUGCAGGUGCUGAAACAUCUACCAAAGGUGCCGGAGAAGAAGCUGAAGAUGGUGAUGGCGGACAAGGAGCUGUACAAGGUGUGUGGCGUGGAGGUGAAGCGGCAGAUCUGGCAGGACAACCAAGCGCUGUUCGGGGACGAGGUGUCACCGCUGCUCAAGCAGUACAUCGUGGAGAAGGAGGGGGCGCUGUUCAGCACCGAGCUCUCGGUCCUCCACAACUUCUUCAGCCCCUCGCCCAAAGCCCGGCGCCAGGGAGAGGUGGUUUUGAAGCUGACCCAGAUGAUCGGGAAGAACGUGAAGCUGUACGACAUGGUGCUGCAGUUCCUGCGCACGCUGUUCCUGCGCACGCGCAACGUGCACUACUGCACGCUGCGUGCCGAGCUGCUCAUGUCCCUGCACGACCUGGACAUCAGCGAGAUCUGCUCCGUGGACCCCUGCCACAAGUUCACCUGGUGCCUGGACGCCUGCAUCAGGGAGAAGUUUGUGGACGUCAAACGAGCCAGAGAACUGCAGGGCUUCCUGGAUGGCGUUAAGAAAGGACAGGAGCAGGUUCUAGGGGACUUGUCCAUGAUCCUGUGCGACCCGUUUGCCUGCAACACUCUGGUUCUGAGUACAGUCCGUAACCUGCAGGAGCUCAUCAGUCAGGACACCCUGCCCAGAGAGAGCCCAGACCUGCUGCUGCUGCUGAGGAUGCUGUGUCUAGGACAGGGCGCGUGGGACAUGAUUGACAGCCAGGUGUUUAAAGAGCCCCGACUGGACCCGGAGGUGGUGACACGCUUCCUGCCCGCCAUGAUGUCGGUGGUGGUGGAUGACCAUACGUACACGGUGGACCAGAGACUCCCCGGGGAGGAGAAGAACUCCCCUGCCUACCCCACAGCCCUGCCCGACUCCUUCACCAGGUAUCUGCAGGAGAACCGCGUGGCGUGUGAGAUGGGGCUCUACUUCGUCCUCCACAUCACCAAACAGAGGAACAAGAACGCCCUGCAGAGGCUUCUCCCCGCCCUUGUGGACACACACAAUGACAUGGCCUUCGGGGACAUCUUCCUGCACCUGCUGAGCGGUCACCUGACCCUGCUGUCAGAUGAGUUCGGAUCCCAGGAGUUCUGCUCCGUCAUCUUUGACCGCUUCCUCCUCACCUCCUUCUCAAGUAAGGAGAACGUUCACCGCCACGCGCUGCGCAUGCUGCUCCACCUCCACCACAAGGUCCUGCCCUCCCUGAUGGAGACCCUCGUGAAGACUCUGGAGCCCCCCAAACAGCAGAGCAGUGAGCCAGUGAAGGAACUUUUCAAUCAGCUGACGGAAAAGCUGGAGGCCCAGAAGAAGAGCCCGCCCCAGCCAGAAGAAGCCCCGCCCUCUCUGGACCUGGGCCUCCACCCAGUCACAGUUCCCACGACGACCCCGACGACCGCUGCUGCUCUCUGAGAGAGAGAGAGCGAGCGAGAGAGAGAGAGUCCCAUUGUAAAUAGACCUCCAUUGGACUGAACAGACAUUUUGACAUGUUUUCAUACUCGUACUGCAUUCUUGAGUUGGCCAACAGGGAUUGGUUAGUUAAGCACCUAGAAGGGCUGGUGAACCAUUUUUUUAAAGGAGACAUAUUAUACCACCAGGUGUGAGUGUGAUUAGCCUUACAAGCGGUUCGAAAAUCUGCCCCAUAUGACAUCACUAGUGGGCGUGUCCACCUAGAUCUGUGCUGGAUAGUUCAGUCUACCAGCCUACCCAGUGGACUGAAGUAAACGUUGCUCAUCUAUCCAGCACAGAUCUAGGUGGACACGCCCACUAGUGAUGUCAUAUCGGGCAGAUUUUCGAAACUGCUUGUAAGGCUAAUCACACUCACACCCGGUGGUAUAAUAUGUCUCCUUUAAAUAAAUGUGUGGUUUGGAAUUAAUAUUAUUAUUAUUUAGGGCCAAAUAUAUUUUUCAGAUGUUGUCAGGCCCAUAUUCUCUGCAAUUGGUCUUGUUUAAAAAGCAAGAGUUGCCUUGCAAGAAAAACUCUGUAAAUAAAUAUAUUGUUGAGAAAAAACUUUUAAUAAUCUAA